ACAAUUGCUGUGCAUUGAAAUUACAAGGAAGUUUCCAAUCCAGCCUCCCCUUGCAGCAUCCCCUUGAACAGAAUUGGCGAAGUUGGAAGAAGAAAGCAGCACAAUUAUUGUACAAAAUGGUUGACUCUAGUGCACCAAUGCCGUGGAUAGGCCUAUACGCUGCAGCAGCAACUCUUGUAUGGGUUUUUGCGUUAAUUGCUGAUAUAAUCCAUUCUCUCCGCCGUAGAAAAUUAUGGUUCCCGUGCAAAUAUUCUGCUCUAAAUGCUACUUCCUUGACCGUGAUAGCUGUUGCAGUGAAGUUGGCAAUGGAUUCAACGACGUCUAUGCCCGCUUCCAUGGACCAGUUUGCAAAAUUUAGUAGCACUGCUUUGUUGUGCGCUUCGACCAUUCAUUUUAUGCCUUCUCUAGGAUCCAUGAGUGACCCAGAAAUAUUGACGAACUUGACAGCCUUGGGUAUCCUCAUAGUGACACUUACAGUAAAUGUGGUCAUCCAAUUGUUCACAGGAGUGAUUAAGCAUAAGAUGAAAGUACUCCAUGCUGUGAUUGUUUUUCUAAAUUUGUAUUCUUUUAUUGUGCUUAUUUCCUCUGCUUUAACGGUUUCUGCUAGUAAAAGGCAUUUGGAGCAGAAGUACAAUACAAUUCAAGGAAGAAUAUUAGGAGAGGAACUACAUGGGAACCAAUUAUUUGACUUUGAAAAGUUAAAGUUACGUUUGAAGAAAUACUGGGUGAUGGCCAGAACUAGUAGCCCCCAAUAUGUGAUGGCGCGAUCUGAUGCCUGCUACAUUCUUGGAUUGAUCUCCAACGUUGUUCUUAUGCUCCUGUUGAUUGAAACAAGCAUAUAUCCUUUUGGUUGGGAGGAUUCAUCAGGUUAUAAGUGGUCAGUAAAAUUAAUUUUUGUGACUCAAGUGUUGGCAGUGUCUCUUUGCUUUCUAACCUCUUUCAUAAGAUUUAUACGUGCUUUAAUUCUUAAUAUAAGGCAUGUUCGGGGAUUUUUUGCCUCAGUUAUUUCAUUUGACAUGCAGACCUAUGGGAUUCAAAUACUAGUGAACUGGAAAAAGAGACCCCCACCUUCACAAGUUCGUGACCAAAAGCUUAGAAAAAUCAUACAUGUCAUUAGAAAUCUACUUCUCAAUAUUUGCAUAGGAGGUCAAGUAGGGAUUGUGAUGAUGAACAAAUUACUUGUGAUAAUGUCAAUUUUAUUAGCUGUCUUGACCAUUCUGUUCUUAGUAAUCAUGUCCCCUUUCUUGCUAAUAUUUCUUUCACCAUUGAUCAUCUUGUUGUUUAAGAGGCUGAAAAAGAAACUCUUAGGGGAAUAUGAGGCCUCAGUCAAUCCCAAUGAAACAACACAGGAACCUAGUUUCGAGCAGGAUCUAAGAAACUUUCUUGUACUUGUUGAAGGUGAGGCAAUGCAAGAUAUUUACCUGAAGUUCAUCCACACCUCUAUCAAUUCGUUCAUAACAGUGGGUGCAAAUAAUCAUCCUAGAUAUCUAAUAGAGCUUUUAGAGAAUUCAACCAGCUUAAAGGGGGUAAUGGAUUUUGAGAGUGAUCAAGUCCCAUCUAUACUUGGUAAAGAACCUCCAAAUUGUUGGACUCUGACCAUAGUAAACCUAACAAGUAUCAUGAUUGCUCUUCCAAAUAUUGAACAGCAGAAGAAGAAUAAGAGGUUACAGAGCGUGAUUGAAGGUUUCAAGUACGCGCGCCUUGUGGAAGAAAGUCUGGAUGAGGAAAAGAAAUUGGUGAGCAGCAGGGAUGCUGCAGAUUUUGUGUGGGCUGGAACUGAAUUGAAGCACAGGUGGUUAGAUAUAGAUCUUCAAAAAGUGUCACGUCUAUCAAAUUCAAACAUGGAAACUCUUCAAACUCUGUCAUACAAAAGUGAGGAAACUGUAAAGGAAUUCACAAAUAAAAUGGAGAGAAACACGCAGGAAAGUCUUGUCAAUUUAUCUGAAGAUGUUGUAGUUGCUAAUUCAAUGUACAAAAUUAGCCGCACUUUGCUGUUGGACUGUGAAGAAAGCAGCCAUUCGCAAUCUGAUGCCCAUGUGUUUGACAAAUUGUCCGUCAUGGUUGCAGAUAUAUUCGUUGCGUGCCUCACCAAUUUACCUCAUGUUAUCCUCAUGAAGUGCUACAACAGCACCAUAGAAGAACGAGUGGUUAGUGUGGAGGAAGCGGCUUGCCUACUGGGUGAAACUCAAGGCAUUCUAAAAGCUCUUCAGAAGCAUGAAAUUCCUAAUCUAUCUCCUGAUCGAUCAGUGUAUAUUGAUCAGUGGCGUGCUUUACUCAAACACAGUAACAAUAACACUUCCACCUCAACUUCCAGUAGUGAAAAUACAAUUACUGAUUCCACAGAGGUGCAUUUCGAUACACAAGAAAUUCAUUCAACUGUUAUGGAAGCUGCAGGUGAGAUGGGAAGCAGAAAAGACAUAUGGCGAAAAGAGGAUGCCCAAGUAUGAAACCACACACUAGUCCAUUGUUUCGGGGAAAAAAUGUGUAAAAUAUGUGAAGAGGUUUAUCAUAAUAAACUAAUAAUGGUAUGUAAUAAUAUGAUUUCUUUAGUACAUCGAAGACAUUCUUGACAACUUAAAUCUUAUCUUGAAUCGCAACUAAUUUGCUCAA